AUGUCAGACUGUACCCUCUCCCCCUCCGCCUCGGCAUUCAGCUCCAUACUUAGCGCCUUCAUCGGGUCCGUCGCGAACGGGCUGUUCUCCGGGUUUUGGAUCGCGUUUUUCACCGGCUGGAUCUCGUGGCUUGCGUUUAUCCGCAUCCUAGCUGCUGGGUUUUACGAGUUAUGGCUCAGUGUGAAAGCCGGCACAAACCCGAACAUCUCAAAAGCUGAUAUUGAAUAUGAGAGCAUUGGUAUGCUUCCGUUGAACCAAGCUGCGAAAAAAGGUCUGAAUACCGUCAACGAAGAUGAUGCAGAAGGACAAUUCGACAACACCAGCACUCCUACUCACCAAUUCAAGCCCUCCAUUAUCAUGCCCAAAACCCCCGAACGCACCGUCCACGCAUUCGGCUGGCUCGGCUGGAUCUGGUCCGCCGUGUACACGCCCAUCUCCCACUCAAUCUGGCUCUCCAUCCACAUCUCCUCUCCCCACGGCCCGAUCCUCCUCGUGCGCGCCCUCGCAAUCGGCGUCUCCGCCCUAUCUCUCACAUUCGACACCAAAGCGCGCUAUGGCGCGAGACUCGGUCGCGGAUCUCUCUACCUCCUCUUCAACCUCUGGAAUUCCUUCGCAUGCAUCCUCCUCGGCGUCGAAGCCACCAUCCUACUUAUCCGCGGCGCGCUGAAUGUCUCGUUCACGCCCAUCCCUCUCCUCGUCGCAUACCCCGUGUUCAGCAUCAUUUGGGCGGUAGUUAGUUGGAAGUUCCUGCCGCCGAUUGAUGCGGCGCGGCCUGGGAUGAAUACAUUUGCGGAUGUGGCGAUGGGAUGCUUCGCGGGGGUGUUUUGCGCGGCGCCGGCGUUUGCGUUGUAUAUGAAAGCGAAUUUUGACAAGGACGUGGCGGAGAUGGGGUUUGAAACGGGUGAGGCGACAGGCGGAGUGGGGUUGGGAGAGUUCUUGAGCUGUGGGGGAGUAUCGGUGCUGCAGAAGUUUGCGGCGAUUAUGCCGUAG